AAAAACAAACAAUUAUACAGGCCUGUCACUUUCUAUAUCAAAUAUUAUUUUAAUGAUGUUUAUAUAAAUUAUUUUCAGUUAAUUUUCAUAUUUAGUUUUUAGUUUCUAUUUUUAUACAGUGUUAUUAAAAUAUCUUUAGGUGUAACUGCUAAAUUAUGCCUGAGUGCGUGCCAUGCCCCGCGGCGGCGCCGUGUGCUCAGUCCGCCGGCAUCAAAUCAGGUCUCCGCGACGGGAAGCCCAUCGACGGGAAGCAGGAGCAACCCUGUCCCUGCAGGUCCUGCUGCUGUGGGAAGCCUCCUAUCGUGAAGCCAUGCUACAAACAACCCAAAAUCCCCGAUUCGUAUGCGCCACGCCGCUGCUACAUGAAGCCCACGGCUCGUGUAGAGACGGGCACUACUUAUAAUAUGUCGUACCUUCCAGUGGAGGGAUGCAAGAACCUAAGGGGGGAGGCUCGGAAGCCGGCCCCCAAUCUGGUGCCUAGUUGCGAGCCCAUGGAGUCUUGCACCGUGCAUAAGCUCUCGUUCCUGCCAAACACGGUAUGCACGACGCAGCCGAUCCGUCCGUGCAAUCACGACAUGUGGGGCCAGGGCCCCAUGCAGAACCUCACCACGCAGAGACACGACUACGUGCCCAAGCCGUGUAUCCUCCGCGAGAGUUUUAAGCCGCAAACGAAAUUUCACUGCGUGGAGACUCCGUUUGAGAAUCGCACAGUCAACAAGCUGUCAUACCUGCCGCCGGAGAGGAUCGAGCCGACGAAGUCCUACGCUCCCGAGCGGUGCUAUGAAAAGCCUGCUGCCAAAAUGGACGGCACCACCACACACAAGAUGAGCUACAUGCCCAAUCAGAUUCUGCCGAAGCAGCCGAUCCCCUGGGCGUGCAAAGGUCAAUACCAGAAGCCUUGCCAGAAAUUGGACGCCAACACUACUUACACCAUGAGUUUUCUGGACGCGGGCAGCGACUGCCGGCGCCGCGCCAUCAUCCCCGAUUCGUGUAACAAUCCUGUGACUGCUUCGAAGAGAUUUGAAACUCAGACCGUCUAUAAGGGCAGCUACCUGCCUGCGACUGCGCCGAUCCCGCAAGCUGUCAAGCCGCAGCCUAACCUCGUGCCGUCCACUGCACAGAUGGAGGGAGACACUGUUCACAAGCUUUCGUUCCUGCCAAACCCCGUGUGCGCGACGCAGCCGAUCCGUCCGUGCAACCACGACAUGUGGGGCCAGGGCCCCAUGCAGAACCUCACCACGCAGAGACACGACUACGUGCCCAAGCCUUGCGCCCUUCGCGAGAGCUUCAAGCCGCAAUCCAAAUUCCAUUGCGUGGAGACUCCGUUUGAGAAUCGCACAGUUAACAGAAUGUCCUACAUAAACCCCGGACGCCAAGCGCUGCCGGAGUCCUACGCUCCCAGUAGAUGCUACGAGAAACCAGCAGCAAAAAUGGACUGUGCUACAACGCAAAAGAUGUCAUACCAGCCGGUGUGCGCGCCCGCGCCGCAGCGUCCGCCCUGGGCCUGCAAGGGACAGUACCAGAAGCCCUGCCAGAGACUGGAAGGCACCACGGUGUACCGCUCGUCAUUCCUGCCCCCCGGCGAAGACUGCACGGAGUACAUGGAUCCCUGCUCUUACGGAGACUGCAAACCGUGUGACUGCAUCUGCCCAGCCGAAUGCAUUGCGACAGACCCGUGCGCCUGCACCUUCCCGAAGGCGGAGUGUUGCAGCUAGCGGCCAUUUUGUAACGGCUCCAAAUUCAAAAGUGAAGAUGUCAAGAUGGCGUCUUGUAAAUUUUUGGAAUGCGUUCCUGUAAACUGGAUUUGAAAUUCCAGUCUACUGCCCUAGAGAGGCGGUUAUUUUAUUUGAAUUUUGUAUUUUUUUUUAUCGUGACGUAUUGAUAGAAAUCGACUGCCUAUUAUAGAAUAUGCUAGCUAGAAUAUUUUAUGUAUUGCUGUAAAAGUGUACAUAUAAUGUUAGCUUUACUUGUGUGUGAAAUUAUGUUUUCGAGUCAGUUUAAUACAUAUUUUAAUAAGGAAA